GCUGAUAACGUGAAUAACACAAUAUCCAAAGCCUGUUUUCACCCAUGUGCGUGACGUUAUAUCCCAGUCCAUCCAGUGGCACAGCAGCGAAUUUUUUUUAAAUUAUUAUUAUUAUUAUUAUUAUUAAUAAAAAAAAAAAAAAGUAUAGAAAAAGGAGUUUCUUUACCCUGCGCUGCCUGACAAUAGCUGAUACCACACUGACGGGUCUUCCCUGUGCUACUGUAACGAUAUGGGGUCACAGUGGCACUGUGAUGCUGCUCAUUGUGACAUCUGUGUUAGUUUUCAUCGUUGCAUUGAGCACAUUCUUAUGAGAAGUGUCGCUGAACAUGAAUCUAUCUCCAUGCACCUCAUAUGAGCGCGUGUAGCAAGUAAUGUGUUAUUAGCUGAAAACUGAAGGGGGGAAAAACAAGAAAACGAAAAAUGCUGCUUAUCAUACACCCCCAACCCCAAUAACUAAUUGCGGCAUGUCAUGUGAGAGGAAUUAGAUUAUUCAAUCAUGCAUCACCUGGAGGAAAUAAAGAGCUAAGGACAACAGGAUCAACUUGCUCAAGUCUGAAAAUAUUUGCUUCACAUGUAUGGAGGUCAAAAUGAGUUUCGCAAAUGCUUUUUGACAGCACACGUUCUCCUGUUAUGUGUAAUCUCUUUUCUCACGCUCUGUCCUGGAGUGCGUGGCCACCAGCCAGGUCAGGUUUAUUAUUCACAUUGAACAUGUCAGGCUGAGGACAACGGCCGACGAAGUCGUGGCAGACUUGAAAAACUCGAUGCUUAAACUCCAGAUGUAAAGACACGUCUCUACACGCUCCGUGCCCAUCAUGUUACAGCAUCCGGUGGAUGGGGAGAAAAUGGAGGUUAACAGAAGAGAGGUGCCUCUAUAUGGACAAGUGGAGGCCAAUGUAAAGUUGCAAGCCAUCGCUCCUGAAGACACAGAGUUUUAUGUUGUUCUACAAGGUUCAAGACUAACACAUACGACAGCAGCAAAACGAGGAGAUGAUGGGAUGAACCUUUGCUUCACAGUUCCCGGCCAUGACCUUGCCGAAGUUGUCUCUGUCACAUCCUACAUUUACGCAGAGAACCGAGUCAAGCCAUGUGAGGGCGAGGCGUCUCUUGAAUACCUCAGGGACGUUGCCCAGGAAGCAGCAGAGUAUCUGAGUGCACACAGGGACCAUCUUGGCACCCAGAGCUACCUUGAGGUCCUGGAGAGGUUUCCCGUGUGGGUGCAGGCGGCUGACGAGGAGUACUCUGCUGGAGUGUUGGACCAGGAUGAGGGUGAUGAAGAUGAUUUGCAAGUCAGAGAAAGUAGGAGUGAAGAUGCUGGUCUCCUGCAGCUGGAUGAGAAGAUCACACAGGCUAUGGCCAACAUGGAUUACCCUCCGCAGUGGAAAAACACUGACAGUCAGCAAAGGGAAGUUGCUGAGAUUCAGCCCAAAGAAACCCUGCUUCACCUUGCGGUGCGUUUGGGUUUGGUCCAUCUCUCCCGCUUCUUAAUCCACCAACCGAGAGGUCAAAGAGCAUUGACCUUACCCAAUCAGGAGGGAGACACCCCCCUCCAGCUGGCUCAGAAGGAUGGACAACAUGCUUUGUUCAUGGUGUUGGCAGCUUCUCCAGGUCCUGUGGCCGAUCCUGCCCCAGGUGUGUUCAGCGUGUGGUCCGACAGCUCCCGCAUGCUGAGGUUUUGUCCUGGGACAAACUCUCUGACCCUGACUGUUCGACAGGCUCCCGGCAGCUGCCCUCAAGAGGACAUCGUGGUCCUCCGAGACAGACUGGAAGACCGCAGCAUCCUAAGACUGAUCAAUAUGCUCAGAGCUGAUACUGAGAUAGACAAGAGAAGCAAAGAUGAAGUCCUUUCUAAUGUUGAAGGCAUUAGCAAGGAGAUCCGAGUGGAGGAGCAUGUGCUGGUGGACAACGUUUUUGAAGAGCAGCUUGUUCUGUCUUUGGAUGACGACGAUGAUGUAAAAGAGUACCCAUCCUCAUUAUCUGUCUGUGGGCAUGCUGUGAAGACGGGUAGAGCCGAGAGCCAGUUCACCCAGCAUGAUACAGACCCUCUGCUCUCCACAAUCAACAGCAGCGAUAAGAAAACCACUCAGCGGUCGCAGGCGGAUGAUGUUGACCUCAAGUGCAAUAUCGGCGGUGUGACAAGGGACAGCACCGGGACGGACAGCGGCUUAUGGGAUUCGUCGGAGUCACAAGACCUCCCGCUCGCCACUGACACUCCUCCAGCCUAUUCAGAAAACCUCUGCCCCUACUCUGUAUGCCACUCUCCGCCUCUCUCACCCGCUGACCAGGCCCCUGCCAGGCUGAGCUGUCCCACCUCCUCUGAGCAGACCAAUGAGAGAGACAGUCCACCCAUGGAUGCCUGCGACCUCAGUCCCAGUUUAGUGGCUCUGGAGGUGGACAGUGAGGAGGAGAGCGCCGCGACAAAUGUUGCGAAGAGUGAAGACCAAAAGGACGCCGUUUGUCCCGCGUCUGACCUUUCUUGCACUCGUACCAAGUCUGCCUCCGCGGCGUGUGAGCCCGCCACAAAAGAACUGGAGGACCAGGGGAUUCGACUGCGUUCCUAUUCCUACUCCUCCCCAAAAAUCAGGUUGCGGCCUGCUCGUUUUGCCCGGGACAAUCCCGCUUCAGAUACCAGCCCUGAUGCCGUGCUCCACAGUGUCAGCCACAGCCGAUCUCUCCUUCAGGCCCUCUCUCUGUCUAAAUCUCUGUCUCUGCUCCACCCUGGUAAGCAAAGAGCCUGCAGUAUUUCAGAGCAGUCACAUGAGAAAAGGGAGAUUAGGUUCCGUAAUCGUGCCCAGUCUGCUGAUGAUGAGGGAAGCAUGGAGCUGGCAGAGUCGCUCCAACACCUCACGCUGUCUGAGUUCCUCAAAGAGAUUGAAGAGGAGGAGCUGGAUAAGUACAGUAUCCCAACCAAAGUUGAGUCAGAGAAGUACAAAGUCAUCCGCACCUUCAGUUUUCUCAAGAGCAGGAUGUCUAGUACACGCAACAAAACCAAGGGGAAGGGGAAGGAGAGAGAAGCCAAGGAUAGGCAGCUGAAUGGACAUCGCUUCGCAACAGGGCCCUGUUUGGGCCCCACCAUGUGUAUCGUAUGUGACAAACCAGCAUCUGGAAAGGACCUGCUGCAUUGCUCCAGUUGCACUGCCAUCAUCCACAAGGGCUGUAAGGAGUCUUUGCCCCCGUGUUUGAAGAAACUUCAGGAAAAAUAUUCCGUGACAAUGGUGAAGAACAGGACGGCAUCCCUCCCACAGAAUUUCACAGUGAGAGACAGCCCUCCUCAGUGUGUGAUCCCCGUCUCUACCUCUCUACCUGUCAUGGCCGCGAAGGAGAAGAACACCGGGACCCAGCCAUGCUCUCUGUCUGGAAGUUUCCCCACCAGUGACAGUCGGCACAGUGAGAGUUCAGAGACAGAAUCUGAUGCUGUGAAGGUUCCCAGCCACUCAGAAGAACUGCUGCCGACGCCAACGUCCUCCACCUCCACGGACUCAUCCUUUGGAGAGGACUGUGUCGACACGUGUGUCCAAGGUGACAUCUCGGCGGAUGCUGCGGAUUACGAGGCGGAGUCGUGGAGUCUGACAGUAGAGCACAAGUUCUGCAAGAGGCACGACAAGCGAGCCGUCAAGAGGCAGGAUGUUAUCUAUGAGCUGAUGCAGACUGAGCUUCACCACCUGCAGACGUUGCACAUCAUGGCGGAGGUUUUCCGGCGAGGUAUGAGGGAGGAAGUGCAGCUAGACACAGAAGCGGUGAAGCGGGUCUUCCCCUGUCUGGACCAGCUGCUCGUCUUCCAUCACGGCUUCUUCGCUGCCAUGAAGGAGCUGCGACACAGCUCGGCCCAGCCCCAGGGACACAGGAACUACCACAUCCAGCGGAUAGGUCACGUCCUGCUCCAACAGUUUGCAGAUGAAAAUGGCGAGAAGAUGAAGCAGGUAUAUGGAGAAUUCUGCAGUCGUCACAACGAAGCAGUCAGCUUUUUCAAAGAGCUCCAGCAGCAUAACAAGAGAUUUCAGAACUUCAUUAAGCAACAAGGUUAUAAUUCUUUGGUGCGACGAAGGGAGAUCCCAGAGUGCAUCUUGCUGGUAACCCAAAGGAUAACAAAGUACCCAGUGCUGCUGGAGAGGAUCCUACAUUACACUCAAGAAGACACAGAGGAAUGUGCCGACCUUUCAAAAGCCCUGUCUCAGAUCCGGGAUGUGAUAGCCGCCGUGGACUUGAGGGUGAGCGAAUACGACCGCCAUCAGAGACUACAGGAAGUGUGGAACCGCAUGGAGAACCGCAGCUCGGCCAAGCUGAAGAACGGACACACCUUCCGGAAGCAGGACAUCAUGUGGCCGGGGCAAACGCUCAAACACCAGGGCCUGCUCCUGUGGAAGACUGCCACUGGUCGACUCAAAGAUGUCCUGGCGCUCCUUCUCACUGACGCACUCAUCUUCCUGCAGGAAAAGGACCAGAAGUACACAUUUGCCGCUGUGGACCAGAAACCUCCAGUCAUUGCACUGCAGAAGUUAAUAGUUCGAGAAGUUGCAAAUGAGGAGAGAGGGAUGUUUUUGAUCAGCGCAUCAUCUGCUGGGCCAGAAAUGUACGAGGUCCACACGUCAUCCAAAGAGGAGCGAAACACCUGGAUGAGGCUCAUCAGAGAGGCUGUAGAGAGCUGUCCAGAGGAAGAAGAAGGAUGCACAAGUGAAUCUGAAGAGGAGAAGCGAGCUGCCGAGGCCCGAGUCCUAAAGAUCCAUAAGUUACAAGAGAGUCUGAUGAGCCAGGACCAGCAGAUCUGCUCCAGCCUGGAGGAGAAGCUGCAGAUUUACACCGAGCUCUCUGCUCUGAGGGGGAGGACGGACGCCUCGGCAGUCGAAGCGCGGCUGCUUGUCCAGCCGCACUCAGAGGAGGCGCCCCAGGCCGCCGAGCUGCUGGCUGCAGCUCUGCAAGAGGCGGAAAACCUCAAAGCCACGUUGUCAACCAAGGCCCGUUCUCCAUCCAGCCACAGCCCGGACUCUGACACACACUCUGUGUUCGCUGUCAGCCCUGCUCCACUUGUUGAGCUCCCCACUGAUUCUUCUGAGCUCUCACCUGAAAACCCUGAUGCCAGUGAGGGGAGUUGGUCUGAGGCCAUUGUUCUUCAAUCCCGAGAGUCAGAUGACAUUGACUUCAAGGUGGCUCAAAGUGUCCAAAGCCUGACCCAGUUACUUUACAGUCUGCAGGCUGCGGUGACCAUCCAAGACAGCUGCUACGAGGUCCAGAGGCUCCUCCUCCGAGAGACCGGGCGCCCGUCUCCGCGCGCUCAGCGACCGCACCUUCCAAGCACCCGGGGCAACACCUUACAAGAGCAGGAGAAGCAGCGCAACCUGGAGAAGCGGAAGGAGGAGGUGGUGGCGGCACAGCGGCUCCAGGACAGACUGCGCCAGGAGAAGGAGCGCUGGGAGAGGGAGUGCCAGGCCAGGGAGAGUCAGCAGGGGGAGCAGGAGAGCAGGCUGGAGGAGCGGGAGAGGCAGUGCCACCUGGAGGUGGAGAGGCUGCGGCAUGAGAGGGAAGAGCUGGACUCGCAGCUGGGGGAUUACCAGCAGAGCUUGGAGCGGCUCAGGGAGGGCCAGAGGAGUGUUGAGAGGGAGCGUGAGCACCUGGAGAACCAGCAGAAGCUACUCCAGACCUGGAAGCACAGCCGGCAGAGGAGCCUGCCCACUGUGAUUCCUCACAUGGUCAUACCUCUAGAUGGUCAGCAGGACUCGUCGCCAAGUCCAUCGAGAGACCUCGGUGGUAACGGCUCCAUGUUUGUGAAUGAGGCUGCGUUCAGCAGCACCCUCGUCAACAACCGCCACGUCCACCACAAAAAAAAUGACCCCAGCACGCAUAACUGUCUCAACACCCUGCUGGCCAGAUCCAACAGCAGACAGCCCCCCGUAGCUAAAACCCCCCAUAAUCCACACUCAGACUCCCAGGGAUGGGUGAUGGGGACAGGGUACCUCUACAGCCCUGCAGGAAGGCUGGAACUGCAGCACACGCCCACUGAUCAUAACAGCUACAUCGGGGAGACCUGGUUGCCAACAGCAAGUGGAGCUGAUCUGUAUCCGGAGCUCCCGCAUCCCAGUGACCCUCAGCUGGACCUCAGUGAACUGGUUUCCUUGGAGACUGACAGUGGUGGUGAGGAAGGCAGGGAGGAAACCAUCGUGUACCUCUGAAUAUUGAUAAAUAUUUCAGACUCUUAAAAGCCAGCCCAGCACUUGGAGGAACAUAAAGACAUUCACGGAGGCAGCAACACCCGGACUGGAUCAGGGCGCCGUCAGAAAGCAUUUCCCUGUAAAAAUGUUUUUCAUAUUUCUUGUAUCUUUGAAAGAUUGUUGUGUGGCCUUAUUCUGGGAAGUGGAGAGCUACUGAAACACACAGAGAGAAACGGAGAUAAAGAGACUGAGGUUGUUUCAGACUCAAUCUCACGUGUGUCAUGCACCUUAGCUCGAGGCACCAGUGGGUGUUCAGUGUCUCUUUAUUUUCUUUUUUCUUUUUUCUGGUUUGUGUGUGUGUGUGUGGUCUAUAUCGUCUGCCUUGGCCCCUGCAGCCAUAUCUUCCCCUCUUUACCCCCCUCCUCGGAUGCUGUUCCUCCCUCAUUGCCUUUCUUCCUCAGGUCCCACAUAUCUCAUCUCUGGAGUUCCAUAUUUAUUAAAUUUAACACGGAGGGCAGAGAAAGUGUGAAGCCAAUAUCAGCAAAACAUCAGGCUGCAUCUCUCUGGUGGGGGAUCGUCUUGCCAUGGAAUAAACUGCCCCUGUUUCAUUUAUCAGACGGGCAUGUUUAUGUACAAGCCAAGCAUAAAGUGAAGCACCAGUCAUGAAAAUUGAAAGAUGAGUCCGGACAGCGUGAGUCUCACAUAUUUCCGACUCACUGCCUUGUAGCCAUCAUUUAUUUCUUUUUAUCCUUGUUAGGAGAAAACAAGCACAGAUGUGGAAGACGUUGCAGCUGCACUGAUAUCUGUCAGUUUUAUCAGAGUGUAGGAUUCUCACCACGAAAGCCUGAGAAAAGUCUCUUUUGCACACAUCUGCAAACUGUAAAAGCGAGUAAGCAUGUGGGGCCAAACUGAUUUAACAACUUAAUAAAUGUAGGUUUCAUUUAUGACCCUAGGGGUUAAUAAUGACUCCACCACUGUGGUCUUGAAUCCUUAAAUCCUUAUCACUUUAGUGAUUCCAUUUUACUUUACUUUUGCUUUAGCUCCAUCACUAGUUUGACAUUUAUUUUUCGGAAUAAAAUGUGUCGGAUACCAGAAGGCUUGUCGUUAAAUUUAGUCAGACGUGCUUUUGUUCUUCUUCAGCUCCUUGUUCAGGUCAAACUCUCCCUUUGUCUACUACUUUGGUCUUUACCUGCAAAAGCGACGGCACCCCCGCUAGAGUUAGGGCGGCACUUUGUGUGCAAUGCCAGCGUGGCUCUGCUAUUUCUGUCAUCACAUCUUUACAAGGUGCUAAGGGUGCAAGAUGUUAUCCCGAAAAUAUCUUUGCAAGCACCCAGUACAAUAUGAAGUUGCUCUUUAACUGAAACACUUAAAUACAACACCUGAAUCUUCGUGUAUUCCUCCAUCAGCUACGGGCUUUACUGCUGAUUCUUUGAGGGCUGCAGGGGGGCUGGAGCCAAUUUAAUCUGACAUUGGGGGAGAGUGGCGGGUUACUCCCUGGACAGAUCUGCAGCGUUUCACAGAGACAAACCACCACCUCCCGCCCGGUUAACAUAACCUUCCUUGUCUUUGGACUGUGGGAGGAGAACCUGAAGGAAACCCAGGCAGGAAAGAAGAGAACAUGCAAACUCCACACCCGGCAGGUACUGAUGCAGAAUGUGCCGCUUAUAAUUACUUAUUAUCUUUCAUGGGCAUUUUAGUGUAAAGAGGCCCCUGUGCCAAUGCUUUUACCGGCUACUCUAAAAGAUGAAUUGGUUGAAUUACUGUUGUAGUCUUCAAAUGGGACAAUAAGCAGUAGUUUAAUGCGGUUUUGGUAACGUGUACAUGUUUGUGCUUUUAUUUAUUUAUUACAUUAUACAAGAGUUUAACUGUUCUACGGUGCGUCGUGGAGGGUUGUAUUGUAAAUAUAAAGUGUACCUGUGUGAACUGAUGCAAUGUGGUUUCUUGUUGUGUACUCGUGUGUUAUAUAUUCCCGACACAGCUUUAUUGAUAAAAUGACUUUCAUCGAACUUGAAAUG